ACAAUUUUUUCGGUGUUAAAACGUGUUAAAUAUUCCCUGUGAUUUGUAAAUUUCCAAAAAACUUUAGAAGCGUGAAAUAUAGUGUCAAAUAGUAUGAAUUCAUAUGGAAAUGUGAUAAAACUGAAAGAGAAGCGUGAUAAAACAUGUUAAAGACAUAAAAGAACAGUGUGUGUUUGUUUAAAAUCACCAGGAUUUGGUCGGAACAGUUGCUCGCAACCCGCGCCGCCGCCGACACAAAAUGGUGGUUGGCGGCGGCGGCUAUGGCAGCGCUCGCCGUAGCCACGAUCAUCGGUAACGCCGGCGUGAUCUCGGCGCUUUGGCGAGCGCGCCGAUCACCGCAGCACUACCCACUGGCGAGCCUCGCCGCCGCCGAUUUACUGAUCGGCGUGAGUGUACUGCCGAUAGCAGCUGCUAGGGAGCUUUUCACUUUUAGACUAAGCUUCAUCAUCUGCGCCUGUUGGAGUACCCUCGACGUCCUCUGCUGCACAGCGUCCAUCCUCUCCCUCUGCGCGCUCGGCUGGGAGCGCUACCGCGGUAUCACGGAUCCGUUCUCGCGCGCCGAUCGCGCCAAAAAGGCCAAAAUACUCGCUGUGCUGAUUUGGCCGCUGGCGGCGGCGGUGGCACUGCCAACAGCGUUUGUGAAGACUGAUAGUGUGUCGACGAAUGAAAUGGAUAAGGCGUGCACUGUUAAUACUAAUCCUAACUACGUGUUCUUCAGCGUAACUUUCUCAUUCUACGUGCCAACGUGCAUUAUGUUGGUGCAGUAUGGUUUGAUCCUUCGUGCUUUGUCUUCACGCCCGCCGAUCCGCGCUCAUAGAGGGCAGGUCCCAAAGGUGGAAAUGGUUGAGACUAAGUGCCCAGAAUCAAUGCAACAAACAGAUGAGGCAGGAGCGGCAGAGCGACAGAGACGGGCUACUAUCACCAUUAUCCGUCUCAUGUGCCUUUUCCUCAUAUGCUGGACUCCGUUUUUCAUCAUGUUACCGAUAGAUUCCCUUUGCGAUUGCGUCCAGGAUUCAACCUGGCAGUGGAGUACGUGGCUAGGCUACACUAACUCUGCGCUCAACCCUGUGGUAUAUGCUGCGGCAGCUACCAGGGUCCGUCGGGCGUUCCAAGCACUGCUCAAGAUGACGCACCUUAGUUGACACGGCGAAUGUAGAAGACGUGAGAAAUAAUUGAAAUUAUGGGAACCAACAUUUUUGGAUACAAUAGAAUAUAGGGUAAACUAACAUGAGACAAAUUUUAUUGUAAAUGUAAGUAAAUACACCGUGUUUUAUUUGUUUUCCGUUAAAUUCGACAUGUCGUUAAGUUCGUUAUCAGGAACCAGCCUGUAUAUCACUUUUAGUUAAA